AUGGACCACGAUAGAAAUGACCAAGAAGAACCCGCAAUUGACCUUUCACUGGACGUUGAGUCAAACUUUGACGAGAUGCUUUCCGCCUUGCGGGUAGGCGUAGACAAACCGUCAGCUGAUAGAGGCAAUUACAACGAGGACCCCACCAAAUAUAGUUCACAUUCACCUCAAACUGACCUGGAUGCCUACACUGCCCCCAACUCCGAGGGUUAUGAACCGUAUUUGCAAACCCCACCUGGUGGCUUGGAGGCGGAACACGGCCAAGUUGCGACGACUAACGGAUACGAAAAUUGUGCGACUGAGAGGGAAAAAUCCUCUUUAGAGGACAGAGAAAGUCUUGACAGCUCUGCGGAGGACUUUGAGGACGAAGUCGUUCACCAUGACAUUGUGGAGGAUAAUUAUAAUGACGACCAACCGUGUGCGGCCUCAGCAGAGGAGACUGAAGUCCCAAUACAGGCUGAAGAAAUUCAGCAUACACUAGAAGACGAGAGGUCCGAGAGUAAAUACGCUGCAGACAUCCAUGACGUUGAAAUCUCCGCGGAGACGGCGCAUGACACGCAUGUUGUCGACGAUGGAUGGGUAAAAUCUGACUAUCCCACAGUUUUGCGACACUCGGGCGCCACUACUGAGGAGGACGACUACGAGGAGCCGAAGGCCCAACUGGCGGAAGAACUCGCUUCUCUUGCCCUUGGGCUGGCGAUGGUCGAGGCCACCGAAUCUGAAGAGUUAGACUCCAUCCUCUGCAACGCGAAAACCCUGCACAAUCUCCACGUAUGA